AUGUGUACCAUAAUUAGACAGAAAGUGAAAAAAAGGACAAUCCAUGCCAUUUUUGAAACCAUAUGGUUAGCUUUAUGCGGCUUGUAUCUCUCAUUCGUCGCUUCACUUUCAUUCAUACUUACGAUAAGUAUCCCCAAUUCGCUUCAGUAUAAGCCUCCUGACUUGUUGAUCAUGGGCGAUGGUUCACCCACAUCUUCUGCACCUACAUCCAAGCUUGAAGCCCAGAUACUGGAUGCAGUAUUACAGCGAGAGCUAAAAGGAACUUCCUUAAUGUCAUUUAACAAGAUAAUCUUAAAAUUCCCAAAAAUCGAUGAGAGCCUAAGAAAAUGCAAAGUCAUAUUCGAACAGUUUGAUGAGGAUAAAAGUGGUGCAAUUGAUCUUAAAGAGCUGAAGCAUUGCUUCAGUAAGCUUGAAGUGAACUUCACAAACGAAGAAAUCAGUGAUCUUUUUAAGGCAUGUGACUUAAAUGAUGACAUGGGAAUAGACUUUCAUGAGUUCAUUGUCCUUCUUUGCCUUGUCUAUCUUUUGAAGGAAGUUGAUGCUGCUCCAAAUGCUAAAUCACGCAUGGGAAUCCCGGAUCUUGAGGCAACUUUUGAUACAUUGGUUGAAUCGUUUGUGUUCUUGGAUAACAACAAAGAUGGUUAUGUCAGCAAGAAUGAAAUGAUUCAUGCAAUAGAGGAAAGUGGGCGAUCUGAUGGGCAAAUUGCCAUGAAAAGAUUUGAAGAGAUGGAUUGGGAUAAAAAUGGAACAGUGAACUUCAAGGAGUUUUUGUUUGCCUUUACAAGUUGGGUUGGGAUUGAGGAUGAUGAAGACUAGUGAAGUGAAACAUUGUUGGGUGUUGCAGUGGUGGUUGGGUCUGUGAAGUGAAUUGUUGCAUUUUUCUUGUUGAUGUCAUCUCAUUAUGUUCUAUGUAAAUAAAACAGUUGUCUUGGAUCAAUAUACAGUUGUUAGGGAAGUAUUCAACAAAUAUUUUGGUGUAUUUGGCUUGUUGUAGCUAUGAGAAUUGC